AUGUCAAAUUUAACUCAUUUGAAUAAGAAUGGUCAAUAUAACAGUUGUUCAUUUUAGCUGGAAUGUCAUGAGGGCCCUCUCCUAUCACCAAAGUCGACAUUAAAACAUCUAAAACAGAAAUGCAAGAAAACAGUAAAAAAUAAUWAUAAUAUGGAGCAAUCGUUGUGGAUACCAAAGGCAUAUUUCUUAAUUUGUCUGUUGCUAAGGUUUCAGGAUGUUUAUACCCAGGGGUGCAAAAACAUGCUCUUCUACACUGAGACRGAUGGCCACUAUCUCCAAAACCACGCAAUAAGAACAACAUUAGCCGARUCCAGCUCCGAUUGUGCAGCUUUCUGCUACAUGAGUGACGGGUGUCAAUCAAUUAACUACAGAGCUGUGAAUAUGACGUGUGAUAUUAAUGACUCCGAUCACUUUCAGCAUCCAAAUGAUUUGAUCAAGUCACCUGGUUUUGUCUAUGUUGCAACAAAGAAUGCUUGCAGUAAACUCCCUUGUCCUAGCAAUACUAAAUGCCAACCAAACUUUGUCACUGGUGGGUACACUUGUUUGUGUGCUCAAGGAUACCGUGGACCACGCUGUUCUGAUAUCGACGAAUGUGCGGACCAAACUCAUAAUUGCACUGGUGAACGAAUCUGUAAAAAUACAAAAGGCUCCUUUAAAUGCGAAUGCACGUCUGGUUAUAAGAAAGUUGGGGGCUAUGGUCCAAAUUGUAUUGAUAUUGACGAGUGCACUUCUGUUGCACAUGCUUGUCAUGUCAAUGCACGCUGUUCAAACAGUCCUGGUACAUAUGUAUGUCAAUGUUUAUCAGGAUACGAAGGCGAUGGAAGCUCAUGCUCAGAUAUCGAUGAGUGCACAAAAGGUGCACACAACUGCAGUAACGACGCUGUUUGCAAAAAUACAAUUGGCUCCUUUACAUGCGAGUGCCCGUCUGGUUAUAAAAUGGAUGGCAAUAAAUGCUUUCUACUUGUGACCAAGUACGUGAUCACAGUCUAUACAGGCUCUAAGACAUGGGCUGGAACUGAUGCUACUGUGUGGAUUACCGUGACUGGUAAACAGCUGAACAAAACAUUGACAACCACUGAAUUCAKUUUGCCAGGAAAGUUUGCAAAGAAUUACAUCGAUCGAUUUGAUUUGCAGUUUGCGAACAUGAAUCCCAUCACCGAAUUGAACGUUCGCACUCGCAAAAACGGUGCGUUUCCUAAAUGGUAUUUAAACAAGAUAUCUGUCGACAAUACCCAUCAAAAGGUUCGAGCCACAUUUACUUGCAAUUGCUGGAUAAGUCCGCCAGAAUCCAAGACGAUGUCCUCACCAACGAUUGAAAACUACUAGACAACAUAGAUAAAUAUCUUGACGGUUCUACACGUCAAAAUUUGAAAAUGUCCAAGCAUUAUAAGACGAUUAAGUCGACAGUAGCAAUAGACUGAAAUUUGAAAAUGCCUUUCUUAUAAUUAAGAAAGCUUAUGGAAGUUUCGUACAACUUUAUCAACCAAAAAAAUAAGGACUCUGCUUAUGCUGAAACUGCCUCGCUUUGGUGCAAAACCACAGGGUCCCCGCGAAACUUGUUUUAACCGCGAAAAGUGCCCCGAUGCGUAUCAGUUACAGUCAAUAUUAUAUAGUUUUAAUUUGCUCGAGUUUUUCCUGUACGUCUUAAAUUUAUUUACAGCACAUGUGAAGUGUAAUUUCGAUGUAUAUAUGCAUGUUGUAAGCAACUGAAAUAAUGAAUGAGUUGAUCUUCCUCAGUAGUGUAGAAAAAAAGAUAUACUAUACUAGACUUACUUAUAAACUAUAAAACAUUUCUGUAUACUAAUAAAGUUUUGUGGUUGGCUUCA